AAACCUCCUUGUUCACAAGUUCGACCCAGGAUUCGUACCCACGUCCCACUCAUCACAAACCAUUAUGCUGUAAACGCUUGACUACCGCAGUUCACACAAAUUAGUGGUGUUUUUACUGUUGAAAAACCGAUGAACGGCUGCAAGGCGAGUCUAAUAUUGCAUUGGACAUGCGCAUAUAUCAAUACAUACACGACCACCGUGGUGGUUUUGCUUCAUUUGUGUGGUUGCAUAUUCGGUUUGCCUUCAUGAUGGCGUCUUUGUCCAGUUCACUGCGAUACUUGGUGCCCGUUUUGAUUGCUGCCUACGCUGUGUAUUACUGGUACGUGUUCGCCCGUCUGAAGUACUUCACUGGCGAUGUUGAUUUGAAGGGGAAGACUGUCAUCAUAACAGGAGGCAACUCUGGCAUUGGCAAAGUGACCGCCCAGGACUUGGCCCUGCGAGGCGCCCGGGUCAUCCUAGCCUGUCGCAAUCUCAAGAAGUCCCAAGACGCCGCCGAGGAGAUCAAGGAGCGAACGGGCAACUCGGAGGUUGUGGUGCGCCGCUUGGAUCUUGGCAACUUACAGUCCGUGCGAGAAUUUUCAAGCGACAUCGUGGCAACGGAAACAAGGCUGGACAUACUCAUAAACAACGCAGGAGUUGCCGACCAGCAAGUGCAAAAUGUCUCCUCGACAAACGACAACUUCGACUUCGUCUUCGGCAUCAACCACUUCGGCCACUUCCUCCUCACCAACCUCCUUCUGGACCUGCUGAGGAAGAGCGCCCCCAGCAGGGUGGUCACCGUCUCCUCCAUAGUGCACACCUUUUCACCGGCCGAGCUGAACCUGACUCGUUCGGACCCCAACUCGGCCAUCCUGUAUCCACAUCUGGAGUCCUACUUCAUCAGUAAGCUGGCCAACGUGCUCUUUGCCCGGGAGCUGGCAAGGCGCGAGGCGUCUAGUGGAGUGGUGUCGGUCUCUCUCCAUCCUGGUGUUGUCUACACGCCCAUUUGGAAAACCCACAUGACGGUCAAAUCAAGACUGAGAGGUUUCGUGUACUACAUGCUGUCGCCUUUAAUGUGGUUGCUCUUCAUUGAUGAGGAGGCGGGUGCCCAGACCACCCUCCACUGCGCCCUGGACGACUCAGUGCCAGACCUCUCUGGGAGCUACUUUGAUAACUGUCAGGAGACGAAGCCAUCGGCACUCGCUCAGGACGACGACCUGGCCCGGAGAUUGUGGGAAGUCAGCUGCGAAGCAACUGGACUGAAAUGCUCGAAGAUUAAAUGCUCCUAUAUAUGUGCACAGAUGAUGAGCCUAUUCAAGUUUUGCAGUUCUGUCAGACGCGGCACAGGUGUAAAGCACGAUGCUCGAUAAAUCUAUGGUCGAUAACCCUCUCGUCAGCCAUGCAUGAAUGCAUGCAUGCUGGCAUGCAUGUAUGCAGACAUGCAUACAUGUACAUACAUACAUACAUACAUACAUACAUGCAUGCAUGCAUGCAUACAUACAGAUAUACACUUAUUUUUAGAAAGGUUUGCUGACCCGCUGAACAUUCGUGAGACACUUUGUCUUGAUAGGUAUACACGCACUCAAUUUAAACUCAUUAAUUCCUAUUUUGAAACUUGUACUUUGGCACUGAGCGGUGAUUAAGACUCCGUGUUUGUCACAAGUUACCGCAUCUUUGUUUAAUGCUGUGUUUGCAUGAAAAAGAGUUUAUCUGACAAAAGGGCACCGUUUCUCUAUAUAGACCUCUACUUAGAUUGUAUCGUCUUGUUUGUCUUUUGGAUAUUGUACUAAAAGUCCAAAGGGGAACGAUGGUCAAGGCAGAAUUCAAACUGAAAAGGUCGAUUUUAGAUUGGACUAAAACUGCACUUUGACUUUGAAUAGCGCUAAACACUAUAGUUUUCGAGUUCA